CUCACAUGAACCACUCUUGCCCUUCUGCGCUUGUGCCACUAGUCUCUGUGUGUCUUUCAGGCAGAGAAUAGAAAAGUUAGGGCAAAGUCUAAGUCAGCUCCAGCAGCUACCAGACACUCACAGCAACUCCCUCCACAGUGACAGGUUUCUUCUCUCUUUUUUUCUGCUCUCUCACUCAUUCACUCUCUCUCUCUCACACACACACACACACACACACACACACACACACACACACACACACACACACCCGUCACUCCUGGCAGAGGGAAGACGGGACCACACGAGAACCGAGAACCGCUACACACCUUUACUUCUAGCUACUUACCCAGCCAACGCCAGACGCUUUGCCCAGGAUGUGGACACUUCUCUUGGGGGUCACCUUUGGAUUACUGGCCUCCUCCAGGUCUGAACAACUUCAAGCGAAUUCUCUCACCUGCAGCUAUGCCAGGGUAUUUCUUACUGAGGGAGCAGGCCGUCACUCCCUGAACUUUGACAUGGCUCAGAAGGUGUGUGAGCAGCUGCAGAGCAUCUUGGCGAGUCCAGAGCAAGUCAAGGAGGCAUAUGAUAAAAACAUGGAAACAUGCAGGUACGGCUGGACCAGUAAUGUGACCAUUGCUAUCCUCAGACACACGCACCAUGAAAACUGUGCAAAGAACAUGACUGGCUUCAUUAUUAAUUCACAUGUAUAUUCUGACGAACUCUUUGAUGCCUACUGCUAUGAUGAAAAAGCUGGGCCUGAGAAGGACUGUACGGAACACUUACCCUCAGAUGCACCAGAUGAAUCCUCACCACAGCCUCAGGCCCCAACACCAGCAGAGGGCCAAGAAGAGACCACUCCAACAACACGACAUGAGGAUGCUUCUGGUAGUGAGGGUGUUGACCACACGGUAGCCCCUGGGGAAGAUGCUCUUGAGCAUGUGAUGGAAACCACCACUGCUCUCACCUCUGUGGAGCUAGAGGCUUCCACAGAGUUACCUGCUGGUGAAGAAAACCACUUUGAACGAGAGUUCGACCAGCCCACUGGAUCUGGGAUGAUCCCACCUGAGGAGGGAGCAUCUCCAACAGCCCCUGUUGGAGAGCCAGAUGAAAGACAACCUCCCACCGAAAAUGAGAAACAGAAAGGGGAAAUGGAGCCUAACGGAGCUGAUGCCACGACAGAGUCUUCACACCAACAACAUCCUAAUGACAAGGGUUGGGACCAGGGUCCGCAUGGUUCUGAGCCUAACCAACAUGAGAGCAGCAGCUCAUCAAACUGGAUUGUAAUCAUUGGAGUGAUUGUGGCAGUUGCUGCUAUUUUUCUCGUGUGCGCAGCUGUUGCCAAAAGAAAGAGCUGGUGCGGCAAACAGCAGACCCUGAUGAUCACAUCCAAAGACAGCGGCGAAGGGAAUGGGGCUGCCGCAUCAGCAUCCAGCUCCCACGCCCAGGAGAGAGAGCAGGAAAUGGUGACCCUCAUGAACAAGGAGAAGAUCCAGGAGAACGGCAACACAGAGGAGUUCACCGUCAUCACGCUAGAGGAGUCGCCAGAUAAAGAACAGCUGGCAUGAGAGAGGAGAGUGUAGAGGCAGACAGGAAAGAGUAGGUGAGGAUAGGGAGGGAUAAAGUGAGGAUAUUUGGGAGAUUAGACGGAUGGGGGGGUUGGGGCUCCAUACAUUGGGGAUAAAAACUGCUUUGGUGGCCAUCACUGGAUGGACACUGAGUAAGGGUGUAGUGUGCGUUAUUUAGAAAGAUUGUCUAACUGAGGUACAAAGUAUUGUAUUGGGUGUGAAACUGUUGCCUCUCAGUGGGGACCAGGUCUUUCAAACCAACAUGUGCAGCAUUUUGUUUGUCUGGUGUACCAGGUUAGCUAGGACUGAAUGGCAGUCAAAGAGUGUCAUGCAUGACAGUGUAUUAUGCAUUGGUGCAUAGCAGGGUGUGUGAAUGUGUUUUGUGUAUUUGUGUUUGUGAGUUAUAUGCUUUGGUGAUGAUAUGGGGCUGGAUAGACAUGGGUUUUUAAAGGGAGGGGGUGGUGAAGUGAAGAACAUAUUGAUGACAAAUGAUUCUCUUUUUUAUAGGAUUGGUGGAUCCUAUAUUAAAGGGCCUUUCAGCCUAAAUAGGGAAUAAUAAAUUAAUGAUGAGAACUGGGCUAUUUUAUUGGAGAUACUACAGAUAGAAAAAUAAUAAUUUGGAUCAAAACAACCUUUGAUGUUUUCCAUGUGUUUCAUGUCUUUGUUUUUUAUUGCUUAUUGUUGUAACCUUGUGUAUAUUUCAGACAUUGCCUGUGGACUGGAGUUUGGUUUUUCCAUUUUCAAGACAACUGGGGAUGUCGCUACCUUAAUUUAUGCAGUUUGGAUUCCCUUUUUCUUGGUCUCUGUAUAUAAAGUAUAUGUUUUGGAAAUGCCUUAGCAAUAGCUGCUAGUGCUUUAUGUUGUUUGGUAGAAAGGGGCUUUGUAUCCCUUUUACAUAAAGGAAUGUGUCAUGUUUUGAGAGUUAUUUAAUUAGAAAACAGAGGUAAACAAUUCAGUGAAUGGAUUUUGCAAUAGUUAAAAGUGGAGUGGAUAUUGUAUGAAUCAAUUUGAUGUAUAGCAUCUAAACCUGUGCAAUUGAUGCACCAUUUAUGUCAGUUAAGUUAAUAUGGUAUACCUUUAUAUUGGGUUGGAACAAUUAUGCUAUGAAGUUCCUGAUGUUAUCCUGAGGAGAAUGAUAAAGAUGAUGUAUACAUAAUGUAUACACAGUGUGUACAUUGAUUAAGGAAAAAAGAAAGAGCAAAAGAAAAAAAUGGAUAAAUUCAUCAUUUUCUGAAAGCAAGAUCUAAGCUCAACCGUGACAAGUGACUGGCAGCGGCCUAGCUUUAGAUGCUAAACUACAUAGCACAUAUGAUAAUGGGGGGCCCAUGUGCUGUAAACACAUGCAAUGUAAAGGUUUCUUCAUAAAAAAGGGGCUGUGACAACGUCGUCUAUGUGCUCCUGAGGGGGAGGGGUGUGAUGAAUGAAGCUUGUGUACCUGCCAAGGCCUCACUGUGCCAUUCCCUGUACAUUUCACACAUGUAAACAAAAUGCUGCAGUUUUUCUACUGACCUUAUCAUUGGUGAAAUAUAUCAUACAUUGUGUCAUAUCAAUAUUAAUUCCUUUGUGACAGCUAAUUCUCCCUGUUUUUCUGUAUCAGCUGAAAUACGUACAGCGAUUGCGAACUUUUUCUUUUUUUUAUCUGACUUGUUCCGUUUUUUUCUCUUACGAUUAAUUUUGAGGAGAAGUAGCAAAUGUACUAGUAUAGGCAGGUUUUAUGACACAUUUACAAAAGAUGUUGCUGAAAAGAUUUGUAAAGCCAUGAAUGAAAAUAAAUGUGUAUAGAAAGA